CACGCGCUAACAUGCGUCAUUAUGUAAGGGCAGCUCGACCACCGCGCGCCCACGGGGCUCAUGUCGCUUACAGAUCCUGUUUGACCAGCAGUGCAUGCACAGACUGCGUCGAGAGUUAGCGAAACUUGUGUAACUUCGGCGCGCUGUUCCGCUAAGUUUAGCAUCACUGAGAAGCGUAACGAUGCAAAGCAGUUAAAAAGAUGCAGGUGAAGAGCAGGACUCGGGACAGGUCGCUCCCUGUGUUGCACACGCGGUCUUUACAUCGCAUGUAUUCUCACUGCGAUCGCUCUCGAAAUUAACAACCUAGACGUCCUAGUAGCGUUAAGAUUUUAGCACAGAAGGCCUGUAAUGCUCCCCAUUUGAAAGAGGCUCCUUAUGCACCUAAAAUGCAACUUUGUGGCUUAAUCUCAUGUCCAUCGAAAGAAGGAAUCGAUCCCAGCAAAAGUUAUCCGAGCACUCGCAGCGAAUGGAAAUGUCUCUGACUGAUAGAGCUUUUACUUUCUUGUUUCAACGCUAACGUGCUAAAAAAAAAAAACCAUCAGCACACCACACGGAACUGCUUCUGAGGCCUUCACAUUCAGUGUCAGCGUCUGUCUAGCUUAGUUUGCGAGUGCACAUAUAGCUGAGUCUAAGUCUGUCAAUAGAAUGUGUUAAAUGUGGUGAGAGGUGUUAGUCUCUGGCCUCCUGCUUCGAGCUCAGAGGCCUGUUGAACAGAAAUCUGCUGAUGUUCAGGAGUGUCACGUGAGCUAUCACUAUCAUUUGAUAAGAGCUUCAUAAUGGGCGAUUGUGCGUUUACUUCCUAGCCAAAACCUGUGUGGAGGUGUAAAGCUCUUUGAAAGUGACUUGAGGAAUCCAUAAAGUCGCAUUAUAUUGACAGGACUUAUGUAGUGGUAAUCUAAUGUGGACUCUGUCCUGUUGGGAAUGCUUUAUCAUGUUAGCAGUGUUGCGACCUUCAGUUGUAGUUUGGUAUAGAAAUAACGAGUUAUGUCUAGAAUGGGAGCCUUGUGGGUAAAAGCUUUUCAGGAAAAAGAGAACAUGGGUUGAUAAUACUCUAUUGAAUAAGAACUCUGCCGUGAAGAGCAAGAAGGCCCGUCUUGCUUGACGUGAUUGCUUGUAAUGGGCUCUUUGGUGUAUUUGUGUACUUGGGCUGUGUUUGAUAAUGAACUUUGUUUUUUUAACCUAGUUGACAUUGUUAGGUGAGGUUAAUGGGAUAUUUUAUCCUGAUAUACCACAGCUAAUAUGUAUUGACGCCUUUAAGCAUACAGGAAACGCCCAAAAUUGUGAGGAGAAAGUAAAAAUGUUGCACUGAAGGUUUAUAUUAUCUUAAUGUAUACAUAGGGGCAAUAUAUGCCUGUAUUGUGUUUUUGCAUGACAUUAGGCUUCGUUAGAUAAAGCCAGUGGUAACUGACCUGUUCAGGCCUUAUCAGACAUUGGCAGGAUGUACAGCAUUGACUCUCUUGUAAAAUCUGUCUGUCUCCGUGGCUUGAUUGUGAAGGGAAACAACCCAACUCUAAUAGAGCCGGUAUAAAUAAUACACCAAGACAGCAAAUUAGCCCCUGUGUCUUUCUCAGCAUGGUAACGGAGAUUGACGGGAGCAACAUUUCAGAAAAGCAAGGCCACAGAGAGGCGUUUGACAAAGGCACUGGAUGGAUAGCAUCGACGCUGAAGCCCUCUACCUGACCACAGCGCAGCACGGGCAACCUCAAUGCGAGCUUUCCCUUCCUGCUGUGGAGGUACCUGCCCUUGGCGGAACCAAGAAGAUGAAUGGGUCUCUGGACCACCCAGACCAGCCCGACAUUGAUGCUAUAAAGAUGUUUGUGGGUCAGAUCCCUCGGACGUGGUCAGAGGAUCAGCUGCGUGAGCUGUUUGAGCCCUAUGGUGCAGUUUAUGAAAUCAAUGUUCUUCGGGACAGGAGUCAGAACCCCCCACAGAGUAAAGGUUGUUGUUUUGUCACAUAUUACACCCGUAAAUCUGCAUUAGAAGCACAAAAUGCCCUUCACAACAUGAAGAUUCUUCCAGGGAUGCAUCAUCCCAUACAGAUGAAACCUGCAGACAGUGAGAAAAAUAAUGCGAUAGAAGAUAGAAAGCUGUUUAUUGGAAUGAUUUCAAAGAAGUGCAAUGAGAAUGACAUAAGGCUCAUGUUUUCUCCAUACGGUCAAAUUGAGGAGAGCCGCAUACUGAGAGGCCCUGACGGACUGAGCCGUGGCUGUGCCUUUGUCACAUUCACAGCGAGACAGAUGGCUCAGUCUGCUAUCAAAUCCAUGCACCAGUCACAGACCAUGGAGGGCUGUUCUUCUCCCAUCGUGGUGAAGUUUGCAGACACUCAGAAGGAUAAAGAACAGAAACGUAUCGCCCAGCAGCUGCAGCAACAAAUGCAACAGCUCAAUGCUGCCUCUAUGUGGGGAAAUCUCACAGGACUGAACUCACUUGGGCCACAGUACCUUGCACUUUAUUUGCAGCUUCUACAACAGUCUGCAUCCUCUGGAAAUGCGCUCAACAAUCUCCAUCCAAUGUCAGGUCUGAAUGCCAUGCAGAAUCUGGCUGCAUUAGCGGCAGCAGCGAGUGCUACACAGGCCACGCCCACAGGUAGCAGUGCUCUGACCACCUCCAGCUCCCCUCUCAGCGUCCUCACCAGCUCAGGUAUGCCCUCCGGACAGCCUGCUCAAUCUGCCUGGGACGCCUACAAGGCGGGUUCCUCUCCCACCUCCAGUACUAGUUCUUCUGUGAACCCCAUGGCGUCUUUAGGUGCUCUUCAGUCUCUUGCUGCGGGCGCUGGAGCAGGUCUCAACAUGAGCUCCCUAGCAAGCAUGGCUGCUCUGAAUGGUGGUCUGGGCAGCGGAGGUCUCUCAAACGGCUCGGGCAGUGCUAUGGAGGCUCUGACUCAGGCAGCCUAUUCUGGGAUCCAGCAAUAUGCCGCUGCCGCUCUGCCCAGCCUCUACAGUCAGAGCUUACUGUCCCAGCAGAACGUUAGUGCCGCUGGCAGCCAGAGGGAAGCAAGUCCCAAUCAGAGCGCGGGCCCUGAAGGAGCAAACUUGUUCAUCUACCAUCUGCCACAAGAGUUUGGUGAUCAGGAUUUGCUGCAGAUGUUUAUGCCUUUCGGCAAUGUUAUCUCUGCCAAGGUCUUUAUUGACAAACAGACCAACCUUAGCAAGUGUUUUGGGUUUGUUAGUUACGACAAUCCAGUUUCGUCCCAGGCAGCAAUUCAGUCAAUGAACGGUUUUCAGAUUGGGAUGAAGCGGCUGAAGGUGCAGCUUAAACGAUCCAAAAAUGACAGCAAGCCAUACUGAGUCAAUUUACUCUCAAAUGGACUUGUUUUGAAAAUGUUUUUCUGAUUUCUUCGUGCCCGUUUGUCAUCGUUUGCCUAGCAUGUCGAUGUGACGUCAAAAGUUCAUCGUCCAGUCCGUUGUCCUCUUCGCUUCUCUGACGCUUGAAAUUUCACACUUGACCUUUUUGUUAACUUUUGACGCUUAUUGAUUACUUAUUGUUUGUUUCUUUGUGUGAUGUUCAUUUGUCAUUUGUGCUGCCAAUAGGGAGCGUUAGAAAGACUGCUAAAAGUGUAAAAAGUUUCCUGAAAACUGUUCUGAGUAAAGAGUCUAUUUUUCUAGAACGUACAAACAUAACCACUAGAUUUUUGCAGAAGCUUUUAAUUUUAAUUUUUCAGAUUUUUUCUUUAUCGAUUUUUAUUGUUUAAGCAGUCUUCCUAACGCUUCUAAUUGUACUCCUUUUUGAUUUUUUUUUUUUUCUUCUCAAAGCAGCCAUUCAGUUUAUAGAAUCACUUGUGUGUUCAAGUGUGGGUGUGUUUCCCUCUUUCUCUCACUUGUUAGUUCUAAACCUUUUAGAGGAUGUUUUCAUCACAUUUUGCUGAAAUGGAGGAUAAACUUUGUAAUUUUGUGUUAGGUUAGUUGGCAUGAUGUAAUUUUGGGAGUUUCUAUUAACAGAGUGACAUUACAAUAGACACUUGAAUUGCCUUUUUUCCUUGUGUCGAGCCAACACAGGCACGUGUUUUUCAUUUUCUUAUUGUGUGAAAAUCAGGAUUAGUCUGAAAUAAUGCAUAGAAUGAGCAGAGUUGAAUUUCUUGUCACAGGUAAAUAUUAAGCAUGCAUGUUUUUUUUUUUUUUUGUAAGUGCACUGAAAUCCUCAGCAAAAUGUGAUCUAGUUCUGUUUCAAAAAGUCAAGAUUAAUAAAGUGGUGCCAAAAGUUUUGCAUGUUGCUGUUGGUUACAUUUACAAUGUUUUACAUCAUGCUUAUGGCUCCUUCUACAAUGACGUGGUCUCAUUUUGAUAGUUUAAGAUUUAAAAAACAAUACAAUGUGUGUUUAGGUUAUGGGUUAAAGUGUGUUUUAACAAUGUAUUAUAAAAAUUGAAGUGUUUCUCAAAUGAGUCCUUGGGUAUAAAUUUAUUGUGCCUACAACAGCAAAAACACAUGCUCUUCUUGAUGUUGUUCAGUUAACGAAAAUGUUAAGACCAUACAGUUGGUUUGUUUUACAGAGCUUGCAAGCAUUUUUUUUCAUUCUGACUUCUGUAUCAGUUGUGAAGUUCUGGACUGAUUGGUAGAGCUCAACCGAAGCUUCGCCCCCUUAGCCUUUAGUUUAAAGGCAUGUCUCCAUGAAUGAAGAGCUACAUUUGGAAGUCUUUUUCUUUUUAAAGAUGUAUUCUGACAGACUAAUCUAAUUGGGGGUUGAGGUGGUUGUUUUCUAUUUAGAUUUUAAGCUGCUGUUUUGUGAGUUUAAAUGUACUCUGAAAGAAAAUUUCCUGUGGGACGUUUGUCAUUACUGGUACAGAGUGAUUGUAUUUAAGAUUUGUACAGAUUUUGCCUUUUCUACUUCAUAAGCUGUUUCACAAUGUAAAUCCCAGUAAGUAGAAGCAUGUAGACCGUAACACCAUGACCAAACACCAACCUGUACAAAGUAACCAAAAUACAAACAAAAAAUUAACUCCACAAAACAGCCUUUAACUGACUUAAUUUUUUUUUUUUAAGUUGUUUUGUCAUUUAAGUUGUGUGGUUUUCAUUGGAAGUGUAGAGAGUGCAGAACUGAUUAAAUGUCUGAAAUGUAUUGGUUAAGGAUUUCACACUACUGUCUCUACAGAAAUAUAGCAGAACGGACACCCAUGAAGCAGUCAUCUGGUAGUUUAUCUUUAGUUUAUGUAUGAUUAAACUGUUUGAAAACAUUCA